ACAAUUAAAUUUGUUUUAAUAAUUUGUAGAAUCUAGUAAUAUGGCAGAGGCCGAGGAUUCCUUUAAAGUUUGUGGACUCUGCUCCCAACUAGUUGAUGAGGCUGUCAAGUUGACUGACGAGCUAUUGGAGUUCCUGGUCGUGUUUCUGGGUGUAUCAGGAGCAGUUCUUCCAACCAAAAUAUGCACAGAAUGCUACCAAGGGGCGAUAGAUAGUAGAAAAUUUAAGGAUAAGUGUUUGCGCACAGUUGAUAAGCUAAACAAGACACAGAUCUCUUCAAAUAUGAUCUUAGGAAGAUCUCAUGUCGACAUUAAAGCUAUGAAAAAUAAGUAUAAGCAAAUACGGAAAUCUAUUGCCUCGGUUCCUGACAGAGCUGGGUUAAAAGAGGAAAAAGUUGGAUUCAGCUCCGCCUCCCUUUAUACUCCGCCACGGAGACAGUCGAGAACAAGUUCAGAUAAUUCAGGAGUUGGGUCAGAAGAUUUACCUCUCUCAACUAGACAUUCAUUAAGGAAGAAAGCUAUCAAAAGAGCGGCAGGGGAUAAUGACGAGAAGAGAAUACCCACAGUUAUUCUUUCUCCUAAGGAUAGGAAUGCUGCAGAGACCGUGUUGAGAAGAACUUCAAGCUUCGGAAGAUCUUUAAAGAGGAAAAUUCAUUCUCCUUCAAGAUUCGACGCUUCUCAUUCAGUGAAAAGAAAACCUAAGGUUGAUCAAUCGAGAGCUGAACCCAAACCAUCCCACGCAGCUGAGGUCGUUGAACUAGAAGAUGAAGAAGAAAUAUUUCCUUCUGUAGGUCCGUAUCAGUGUGAGAUAUGCCAGGAUAUUACUCAGACUAAACAAGAAUUCGUCAAACACAUCAAAUCUCUCCAUAAAGACAUGGUUGACGAACAAGUCCUGAGGUCUUUAGAGACAGAUUUGAAGAAAAGGAUGAAAAAAGAAUUGAAGAAAAAGGAAACAAAUCCUGGCAAAACGGUUACUCCUGUAGCUAAAGCUGCCUCUAAAGUGGUUUCUAAAGGCGGAGUUAAACCUGCUCCAGGUCCUAGUUUACCAGAGAAACAGGAGACUCCUAAGAACCGGAGUUCUCGUCCUAAUCCUCGUCCUCGCCCCAAGUAUACAAUAGAUGAAGACGAUGAUUACAAGCCAAGUUCUAAGAAGAAGAGAACACCAGGCAAGGUGGAUGGAGGAUCUGCACAAAUUUACAAGAAGGGACCUGGAAAGUGUGAGAUCUGUGGACAAGUUUUAUCGCAAGCUAGAGAUUUACCAAAACACCAAGAAAGCCUUAAAUGUAAACAAGCGGCCUUUAAAAAAUCCCAGUUGGGAGCAGUGCUUGAUGAAGUCAGUGUUGAUUUGACAAAGUCAAUAAGUGAAUUGGGAGCAGAGAGCAGAACGGAAAUAGAACAGAGUCAGGACGGAGAAAUUAAAGAGAAAUCUGUAUCAGAUAAAACAACCAGUGAUUUGAUAAAUCAGUCCGAAGGAAACAGUAAUGAUUCAGAAUCUAACGGACAAAGAUUGAACGGACUUGAUGCUAAAUUUAAGGCGAGUAUUGCAAAAAGAUACGAGGCUGAGAGAGGAUCUGGAGAAGAGAAACUAUUUGAUGAAACUGAAGCUGUCGAGGAGGCCGUUGAGAGAAGUGAUAUUGAUGAAACUGAAUUAGCGAUUAGAAAAGCAAUGCAGGAAAGCUUAGAGACAGCUGAGCAGGAAUCCGUCCUUGUAUCCAAGCAAGAUUGUCAGUCUAAAAGCCAAAGCAAGGACCCGGAGCAAGGCUAUAACAAUGCUCAGGACCAACCUGAUAAAGAACAGGAAGGACGGAUAGAAAACAUUUUUAGUAGAUCUAGUUAUGAAGUUAAUCAUCAUGAUACACAUCUUAGAGAAGGUAGUUAUUCUAAAGAAGCGCAUACUGUUGAAGGUGACCAUCCUCUGGAUGCUAGAACUGGAGAAGGAGGUCAUCAUCAAGGUGAGCUAGCUAGUGAAGGAGGCCUUCUGCAAGAAGAGGAUCAACGAGAUAACCUCAAUCCAAGAGUGGAAGGAGGUACUGAACAUCUCGAAGAAGAACCUGUAGGAGAACAUUCUCCAGCCUCCUAUAUUGAUCCUACUCCGCAGCCUGAUAUUGAACCUAGUCACAAACCUAGUUCUUGCAAUCUAGUUCAAAACGUGUCUAAUCCACACAGCUCAGAAUCUCUGACAGCUCAGAACAAUUUUGUUAAACCCUGGGAAUCUGGGGGUACAUCUACCCUGGAUAUCUCAGCUCUAACAUCUCAAGAUCAAGAUCAACCUCAAGAUCAAGCACUGGAUAGUCUGGAGUCUCAGAUGGCUGCACUACACGGAGCUGCCGGAGCAAACACACCUUGGCAUUCAUUCCAGUCAGAUUACUAUUAGUAUUUCUCAAGCUACUCAUCCUGCUCUUUUUCUUAGAGAUUAAACUGAAAAUUGUUGCAUUCUAUGAUUGUGAACAAAAUGAAAUAGCGGAUAUUUCAUCUUUGGUCAAACUAUGUUUCCCCUCCUCCCCCCCCCAUCUCCCAAUUUGAGUAAGUACUUCGUCCAAGUUGUUUAUUUACUGCACUUACUCAACAUAUUUGGGGUUUUCUGUUUUCCGAUUUUUGUCGCUUAUAAAGUUGUAUCAACUAGUCACCAAAUUCAAUACACAAACAUAUAAAAGAUGUGUUUUCAUUUAUUUUAUGUAACUUAACUAAGAUUUAAUUGCUGAACAGCUGGAGAAG